GCGGUCCUCGGGGCGGAGGGGCUGCUAACCGCGGCGCGGGGCGGGCGGGCCGCUACUGCGCAGGCGCCGCAGGAAGGUCUCGGCUCGCGCGUGUCCCUUGGGGUCGGCUGGCCCCGCGGCCCACGAGCGCCGAGGUCCGCGCCGGCCGCAGCUGGAACCCUGAUUGCUUUCCUUCAACACAUUCAUUAUGAAGUUACUAGUAAUACUUUUAUUUUCUGGACUUAUAACUGGUUAUAGAGGUAACUCUUCCCAUAGCUUGCCAUCCAAGUUACUACUGGUGUCCUUUGAUGGUUUCAGAGCUGACUAUCUACAGGACUAUGAAUUUCCUCAUCUCCAGAAUUUUAUCAAAGAAGGAGUCCUGGUAGAGCAUGUUAAAAAUGUUUUUAUCACAAAAACAUUUCCAAACCACUACAGUAUUGUGACAGGCUUGUAUGAAGAAAGCCAUGGCAUCGUGGCUAAUUCCAUGUAUGAUGCAAGCACAAAGAAACGUUUUUCUGACUUUGAUGACAAGGAUCCUUUUUGGUGGAAUGAAGCAGAACCUAUUUGGGUGACCAACCAGCUUCAGGAAAACAGAUCAAGUGCUGCUGCUAUGUGGCCUGGCACUGAUGUACCCAUUCACAAUACCACACCUUCCUAUUUUAUGAAUUAUAGCUCUUCAGUGUCAUUUGAGGAGAGACUAAAUAACAUUACCAUGUGGCUGAUGAAUUCGAACCCACCGGUCACUUUUGCAACACUUUACUGGGAAGAACCAGAUGCAAGUGGCCACAAAUACGGACCUGAAGAUAAAGAAAACAUGUACAGAGUGUUGAAAGGAAUAGAUGAUCUCAUUGGUGAGCUAGUCCACAGACUCAAGGUGCUAGGAUUGUGGGAAAAUCUCAACGUGAUCAUUACAAGUGAUCAUGGGAUGACCCAGUGCUCAAAGGAGAGACUGAUAAACUUGGAUCUCUGCAUUGAUAAUUCAAGCUACACUCUUGUAGAUUUGACUCCAGUUGCUGCCCUACUUCCCAAGAUAAAUAUCACGGAGGUUUAUAACAAACUGAAAGUCUGUGACCCUCACAUGAACGUUUAUCUCAAAGAAGAGAUUCCUGCCAGAUUUCAUUACCAACAUAAUGAUCGAAUUCAGCCUAUUAUUUUGGUUGCUGAUGAAGGCUGGACAAUUGUGUUAAAUAAAUCAUUAUCAAAAUUAGGUGACCAUGGCUAUGAUAAUUCUUUGUCUAGUAUGCAUCCAUUUCUAGCUGCCCACGGUCCUGCAUUUCACAAAGGCUACAAACAAAGCACAAUUAACAGUGUGGAUAUUUAUCCAAUGAUGUGCCACAUCCUGGGAUUAAAACCACAUCCCAAUAAUGGAACCUUUGGUCAUACGAAGUGUUUGUUAGUUGACCAGUGGUGCAUUAAUCUCCCAGAAGCCAUCGGAAUUGUUAUUGGUGCGCUCUUGGUCUUAACCACACUAACAUGCCUCAUAAUAAUCAUGCAGAAUAGACUGUCUGUACCCCGUCCAUUUUCCCGACUUCAGCUGCAAGAAGAUGACGAUGAUCCUUUAAUUGAGUAACAUGCUGGAGUUUAUACGGAAUAUCUUUGAUUAGUCACAAAACCAAGGAUACACUCAAAAAAUGGUGUUCUAAGGAUGAAAAAUAUACCUUGAAAGACAAAAAACUUAGACUAAGCAUGCUAGAAUUACUUUGUUUUUCCUUGUGCUUUGUUUUGGUGUAUCAGCUAAUUAACAAAAAACCCUGACCAUAGUAAAAAUUUCUAGUAAGUCAACAUAAACUAUUUCUCUAACUAGAAACUUUAAGAAAAAUGAUUGCCUCUGGUUUUUUUUGCUAUGAAGAUGACACAUUUUUAAAUAAAAAUAUACCAAAAUUUAGUAGGCAUGCUUUUCUAAUAAAUUUUUAUAUUUGUAACUGAAACAACAGAAAUCUUUAUGCAAUUAGUGGAUUUUGGAUUUUGUGUAUCAGGAAGGAAAAGUUUUCUAUAUUUUUAUAUUUCAUGACUUUAAUAGAGUUUGUAUCCCAAGUAAACCUGUGACAUAGGAAGACCUCUGUGGUGGUUAAUAAAAUUGGUUAUCCAGGCAGAACAGAUCUAGCAUAGGAAGAAAUUAUUUUAAGAAAAGCUGUUAUAAAAAAACACAACAAAGACUAUGUGAUACAAAGCCUGAGUCUUCACCAUUGUGUCGUUGUUAAGGUUUGUAAGCUAUUGAAGCCACAAAAGAUACCUUUUGAAGAUUGUUGCUGAUAAGAAAUUAAGAAAAUAGAAUUGCUUUUCUCAAUCUGUGCUUAAUGCCUUUGUGUAAGUCAUUUGUAUGUGUGUAUGUGUGUGCACAAGUGCGUUUGCACUUAUGAAUGUGUAGACUUCCUGUGACUGACGGAAGGUGGUCAGAGGCAGCUGGUCUGCGGGCUGACUUCCACAUUCCCACGGAAUGUGGCUCUCAGCAAAGAGUAUAUUUGCACUUCAUAUUUGUUUACUUUCUUCUGACUCACAAGCUAAAGUUGUAACUUAAGAAAGUUCGUUAGUUUUUGUUAGCUAUUUAGCUUCCUCAUGUUGUAUGUUGUAGCCAGAGGUAUCCAAGUGGUGUAAAAAAAAUUCAUGACCAAAUACAAGUCUGGCUUCAAUUGGGUCAGAAUGGGGAGGAGAUUUUGCUAUCUACCUUUGAGAUAUUUAUGCCUUACUUUUUAGGCAAUAGAGUAGUUAAAUUUAAAAUGGAACCUGGUAUCUUUUGAUCCUUCCCACUGUUCAUAUGUUAAGUGGCAGAGUAAACUCUUAAGCACUGUUAACAUUCUGUAGGCCUGAGUCCUGCCUCUGCUUUUUCUCCAGUGUUUGGUUCACAGAAAUAAUUGCUCCGAUUUUUUUUUUAACAUACAUGUUCAAAGCUAAG